AUGGCCUUGGUUACCAGCUUAGGUGCUGAAAAGCCAGUGGUGAUAUUCAGCAAAAGCUCUUGCAGCAUGUGCCAUUCCAUCAAGACUCUGAUAAGAGGUUAUGGGGCAAAUGCUACUGUAUACGAGAUAGAUGAACACCCAAAGGGGCAGCAAAUGGAGAGAGAACUGAAGGCUUUGAGUAGUGGUAGGCCAAGUGUACCAGCAGUUUUCAUAGGCCAUGAACUGGUUGGUGGGCCUGAUGAGAUAAUGAGCCUCCAACUCAAGGGCAAGCUGGUGGACUUGCUCAAAAAGGCAAAUGCCAUAUGGGUUUAA